AUGGGAAUUUGGUAUACUGAAAAAACUGGUUCAGGAACUGCAUGGGGAGCGCCAGCGAAAUUCAAUGGAAUCGGAGUAGUACUGGACACGUAUGUAAACGAAGGGGGCGAGAGUGCUACACAACCGCUCCGUCUAUUCAUACUGGUCAACACCCCUUCGCAGGAUGCCGAGGUUAAUGUGAAUGUCGAUGGGAAUAACUUGAAAGUCUUGCCGGAAUGCAAUUUCAAAGCUAAUCGCAUUGUGACUCAAUACUCUGCUGACAAUCCCGUCCCAUCACUAAAAGUUCUGAUCAGAUAUGCGAGGGAAACCCUUCAAGUUUUCUAUUCCCUCCCUAAGGAGAACCUUGAUCAUUGGACUCUCUGUACGAAUGCUUCGGGUUUGUAUUUACCGGUAAACUAUCAUGUGGGUAUCUCAGCUGCUACCGGUGAUCUUAUGAGCGGUCACGAUCUGCUGUCGUUCAAAGUCUUCGAAAUCGACACGUUCCGCCCAGUAUCCGAUAGACCGGCUACGGAAGUGCAAUACUAUGGGGGCUAUAUGCCAGCACGUGAGUGUUUUUUUUCAGUUUUUGUGCUUGCCUGCAAACAGUGCGCCGUAGUUUGUUGUUGA